CCCCUCCACCCGCCCUCGCGACACAAACAAGCGGGAGCGGCCGUUAAAGGCAGCCCGGGGACGGCGGCGGGGCCUCCUCCUCCCCGCAUCCCGUGCCUCCCGCCCCCACCACCUCACCCCCUUCAGCCGCUUGAUCAGCGCGUUCUUGGAGCCGCUCUUGGCCAGGCCCCGCUCCUCCAGGGCCGCCUUCAGCUUGACACCUCAUCCGCCAUCUUCACAUCGCUCACUGGCGGUGACUUGACGGUUCCCGACGCGGGUCGAACCUUCGGCGAUUUCCGGAACCACUCGCCGAUCGGGGGAGGGAUGUGUGAGACAGGUGGUUCUGGCCCCCUCCCUCCGCCGAGCUCCUACGUGACAUCCCAGGAGGUCCGCUGCGUGCUGCACUGGUUCACCGGCUGGAGUCCGGCCCAGCGGGAGGUCUUCCUGGGCCAGCUGGUGAGGAGGGCGGUGCCGGGCAAGGUCUGGACGCUGCUGGAUGCCCUGGGUGGGUUGGGCCUGUCGGAGCGGCCCCCCAGCCUCUUCCAGUGCCAGCUGCGGCUCUGGGACCGCUGGUUCGAGGGCUGGACGGAGAUGGAGCGCAACGUCCUGGUGGCCAGGCUCGAGGACCUGGCGCCCGACUUCACCGCCCGCUUCUACCGCGAGGUGGCGGCCACGGCGGGCACAGACUGACCCCUCGACCCCCUGACCCCCGACCCAUCCAACCUCGAACGCUGACCCCCGACCCGCCCAACAUCGAACACUGACCCCUGUCUCCCCCCCCACCCCCCGACCCCCCCAACCUCCAACGCUGACCCCUGACCACCCCCCCCUCUAUCCAACCUCGAAUGCUGACCCUCGACUCCUGACCCGUUCAACCUAGAAUGCUGACCCCUGACCCCCCCGACCCGCCCAACCUCGAACGCUGACCCC